ACAGCAACAACAACAAAAGUAGCAUAUGAAACUCAAACUAGUACAUUUUUAUGCUAAAUUAAUACAAAAAUAGCAAUACCAUAGAGGAAAAUGAAAAAUGAAAAAUGGAAGAAUGGAAAAUCAAUUUCGUCAUCUAUUAGGCAAUGGUAGAAAAUCAAAAUAUUUAGUAAUAGGUACGCUUUGCAGUGAAUAUGUAAAUCGAUGUGUGUAAGAAUCGACAAUAGACACAUUUGUAUAUAUUUAGUGCACCAUGUAUAUGUGGGUGGUGAAAAUGUAUGCUUUUGAACUUAACUUUCAAUAGUUAUAAGGUUUCUUGAAAAAUUUUCAGUUAUUUUCGCGCGUCCUCAAUCGACAAACUACAUUUACCGCGGUUAGUACGACGGUUGUGUUCAUAGGAAACGUAUAAAAUUUUAGAGUAAUUAAGAUUUACUUAAAAUUCCACAAUGCAACUCUAUAAACUUUUGCUCGGACUCACUUCUAUACUAGCCAUAGCUGAGGGUCUGAGCUUUACAGUAACUUCUAAAGUUUAUUUAGAUGUGAAGCAUCAGAAGAAACCGCUGGGUCGCAUAGUUUUAGGGCUGUUUGGUAAAAUCGCACCAAAGGCAGUCGCUAAUUUUCGACACAUCUGCUUACGUGGCAUCAAUGGCACUACAUAUGCGGGUUCUAAAUUUCAUCGCGUAAUUAAUCGUUUUCUCAUACAAGGUGGCGAUAUUUUAAAUGGCGAUGGUACAGGUUCUACCAGCAUUUAUGGUGAUUAUUUUGAAGAUGAGGCAUUGACUGUUGCACACAAUCGUCCUGGAUAUUUAGGCAUGGCAAAUCGUGGACCUGACACGAAUGGUUGUCAAUUUUAUAUAACUACUAUAUCGGCUUCGUGGCUUGAUGGUAAACAUACAGUGUUUGGUAAAGUGCUCGAUGGUAUCGAUACGGUGCAUGCAAUUGAGGACGUUAAAACAGAUACUGACGAUUUUCCAAUGGAUCCAGUUAUCAUUACGAAUUGUGGUGAAAUACCCACGCAACCAUUUGAGUUUUACCCCGAUGAUUUUAACAUAAUGAGUUGGGUCAAAGCCGCUGGACUGCCCGUAAUGAGUAGUUUCAUUGUCUUAUUUAUUUUCCAUUACUUUUUCCGUCAAUUAAAUAUGUACUGUUGACCGUUUAAAAAUUUGUUGAUUAAAAAAUAAUGUAUAUGUGCGUUUUAAACACUAAUAGUGAAAUAUAAAAUUAUAUAUUUAUAGCAAUAAUAAAAUUUUACAUGUGACUAAAAUAUAAAAAAUAAAAAUAUUACAAAAAACUCGCAUU